AUGGAGUUCUUUGACGAAGAAAGCAGACCCAGAUUCGUCCUUCAAUCCCGAUCAACCCCAAAAACUACCCCCAAAUCCGAAAACCUUGAUGAUCUCCACAAGCCUGCUCUCUUUGUCUCUCUUUCCCUCUCUGCCCUCCUCCUAACCCUCUCCCUUUUCUACUUCCAAUCUGAUCCUCUGCAAUCCAUCUUCAUCUGGUUCUCAUUAUCUCUCCUCGUAGGCCCCUUUGCUCCUCCCUCCCUGACCGCUGGCGACAUCCGGGUCGGUCUUGGUCCGGCCAUCCAGCCCCAAAGUCCUCGACAAACCCCAGAACCCGAACCAUUAAAAAGAUCAAGAUUCAAGACAAAAAAACCCGAUCAAGAUUUCAUAUCGGUCCCGGCUGUCGUCGUGAACGAAACUCCAAAGCCCAGCAACAAGAGCGAUUCCAAUGUUAUUGUGGUGGAAGAUAAAGAAUGGAGUGAAGGAGAUCUGGAGUUGUUGAAGAAGCAGAUGGUGAAGAAUCCUGUAGGGAUGCCAGGGCGGUGGGAGGCGGUGGCGGAGGUGUUUUCUGGGCGCCAUAAGGUGGAGAGUGUGGUGAAGAUGGCGAAAUCGAUGGGCGAAAGGAAAAUCGGCGACUCAGAUUCUUUUUCAAAGUUUUUGAAAGAUAGAAAGGCAGUGGACAAGAGGGUUGAUGAGGUUAUCGAGAAUGAAAGGGAGCAGGUCAGUAAUGGUGGAAGUUGGAGCUCCGCCGAGGACAUAGCUCUGCUCAAUGCUUUAAAAGCUUUCCCUAAAGAUUCAGCCUUGAGGUGGGAGAAGAUCACAGCUGCUGAGUUCAAAAGUUUCUUCCGAGGCUUAAAUCUUAAUCAAUCAAGAGACGAAAUUUGCUUAACUGGGAUGGAAAUGGAAUGCAUAACAACAACUACUAGUAAAUCAACAUAA